ACAUGAAGACUUACUACAGGCUCUGCGUUCUCAUUGGCCUAGUGGUCGCCGUCCAUUCAGGUCCUAUCUCACGCCAAGCUGGGAACAACGAUGACUUAGUGCAGACUUACCUUAAGAAGUUCUACAACUUCACGGAGCCGAGCGGGGCUGCUUCCAAAGGGAGGACCAGUCACAUGAGUGUGAAAAUAGCCGAGAUGCAGAAGUUUUUUGGGCUCGAGGUGACGGGAAGCGUGGAUCAAGAGACACUGCAGGUGAUGAUGAAGCCCCGCUGUGGAGUUCCAGAUGUCGCUCAGUAUUCCACCUUUGGUGAAGGUCUCAAAUGGCAGAAGAACCAGCUGACAUACCGGAUUGUCAACUACACUCCAGACAUGUCUCAGGCUGAAGUGGACGAAGUUAUAGAAAAAGCAUUGCAAGUCUGGGCUCGCGUCACUCCCCUCAGGUUCACUCGUAUCAACAGCGGUGAAGCCGACAUCAUGGUCUCCUUCGGCACAGGAUCUCAUGGCGAUUUCUACCCAUUCGAUGGACCAGAUGGCACUCUGGCUCAUGCUUUUGCACCUUCUCCUGGCAUUGGUGGAGAUGCCCAUUUUGAUGAUGAUGAAUUUUUCACCUUCCGUUCCACUAACGGAUACGUUCUGUUCUUGGUGGCUGCCCAUGAAUUCGGACACUCUCUGGGCCUCUCUCACUCCAACGACCCCGGUGCUCUGAUGUACCCCACAUACAGCUACCAGGAUCCAAACACGUUUGUUCUGCCCAAGGACGAUGUCGAUGGAAUUCAGUCUCUUUAUGGCCCGAACACUGAUGUGAUCCCUGAUAAAUCAAACCCCACUCCUCCAGCCACCCCCAAUGCCUGCGACCCCAGCCUUGUCCUGGACGCAGUUUCAACACUACGAGGGGAGAAUAUCUUCUUCAAAAAAAGCUUCUUCUGGCGCAUUUCAGGGAGCAGCCAAUCCGAGCAACAUCUGAUCAAGAGCUUCUGGCCUGAGGCUCCGGAUAAUAUCGAUGCUGCUUAUGAGAACACAGCACAAGACAAAGUGUUCCUUAUCAAAGAUCAGAAAGUCUGGGCUCUCUUCGGCUAUGACCUUGUGAAGGGGUAUCCCAAGAGCCUCAGCAGCAUGGGCCUGCCCACUACAGUGAAGAAGAUCAGCGCUGCCCUUUAUGACCAGAAGACUGGCAAGACGCUGUACUUCACUGACAACAGCUACUACAGUUAUGAUGAACGCAGGAAGACGAUGGACAAGGGUUAUCCUAAACUGGUGGAACAGGGCUUCCCAGGGGUCAGUGGAAAAAUAACUGCAGCUUUCCAGUACAGAGGUAUGACUUACCUCUUCAGUGGAACCCGCGUAAUUGAAUACAGCCCAACUAGCAAGAAAGUAACACGUGUGCUUAAUAACGGCUACUUCUUCCAGUGCUAGAUGAUCAUAUCUGUGCAGCACUGACUGCGCUACAGCUGGGUAAAUCUACAGCACUGUUAUUAAAUUAGAGAAC